ACAGAGGUUGGCUCCAUUUCACCCAUGUCACAUGAUUAUUGAGCUAGUCUAUUUCGGGCACAUAGGUACCUCCAGGCUGCUGCUUGGAGUGGAUCACGACUGCCAUUUCCAGCUUCUCAGUUGCUUGCUGUGACGGAGCUAAAGAUAGGUGUGGGCAAUUCUCUCUGCCGUCAUUGCAAAAAAAAAUACCAACUCUUUCUAGACUUCGCGACCUUGGAUAGCAACGGAGCAUCUGAGGUACCCAGAACAUUCAAUAUGACGGACUCGACAUACAUCAAACCGGAGCCCUAUAUCAAGCCCGAUCCCGAAGCCAUACCUGCCGCUCCCGUCGACGACGACGAUCUAUACGAAGAUGCUGGCGACCUAGAGUUCUUCGAUCAAUUGAGCGAUCAUGGCGCCUUCGGUCAGGCAUAUUUAGCACGCGUUCCGAAGGACCUGUGGGAAGCAUGGGAUAGCUUGCCGGAUGACGCAGAAAUCGAGAUUGGCACCAUGCGACAGUGGGACGUGGUGCGUCCAGAUGGCAGCGUUGAGCAUCGAUUCAAAAUGCUACUCAAUUCCGAACGCGCCGAGCACCAGCUGAUGCCGAAAGAAUACGACUUGGAGAUGGGAAAGGACAUCGCACGCAGCACGUUCGUUUUCACCGAGGAGGACCUGCCUGGCUUCAAGGCGAAAUCCAAGGCACGAACCGACGCGGCAAACGCUGGCAUUCCGGCUCGAUUCCUGAGACCCAAGACGGAGAAGGUGGAGAAGAAGCCAUUCGAAAAGGGUCGCCGAUGGCAGCCAUACUACCGCAAGGCGAUUCCCAAGAAGACAAAGAUUGCCGCUAGAAUCCAAUACGAAUUGGCGUGCAAGCCUGUCGACAAUGCCGAGAGCCAGGCCAUUCUCCAGCGGAAGCAAGUCGAGGCUCAGCGGCCCAAGCAUACCCUACAGAUCAUGGAGCAGCGCUCAGCCAACAGCAUUAUUCACCAUGGAUCUGCUGCUGCGGUUGAGAAGUUUGGCUCCUUCAUCAAAACCUCUGCGCCUACCAAGGCCACCAAGCCCAAGAAAUCCGAAAACAGAUCCGCCCGCAUGUCGGAGGAACAGCUGUUGGAUGGCCUCAUGGAGGCUUUCAGAAAGUACGAGUACUGGAAAAUGUCCAUUCUCAAGGCUAGAUUCGACCAGCCUGAGGCUUUCUUGCGCCAGACAUUGGAGAAGAUCGCAGUACUGAACAGGUCCGGCAUUCACGCUAACGAGUGGUCGCUUCAAGAGCACUUGAAGAGCAUGGCAUCCGGCGCCACUAGCGAAACGGCACCGGAGGAAGCCGCCGCAGAGGAUGACGACGACGAAGUGAUUAUGGAGGAUGUUGUCUAGUGAACAUUCGCAAUUUUACACAGAUCGGGCCAGAGAACCCGCAGGGCAUCGCAAGGCGUUGGAAGGGUAUUUUUUUCUCAUGGAAAGUCUUGGAUGGAGGUGGCUCUUACAUUCAGGGACAUUUUGAUACUCCCUGGGACACUAGGUGACGACAUACGUGUCGACGGGUUUGCAGCUGUCCCUCCCAUCGCAGAACGGUAGAACAAAAUAAAGACAGUGUUAUGCAUUCUGAUUGAGAUACGAUAAAUGGAGUCUCGUGUUCGGCGGUAGUGGCGACACAGCAAUUCUCAAGUCAAAAGCUGGGGCACUGGACACUGUCUUUCAUUCACAAUCGAACACCACCCGUGAG